GAGAAGAUGCCCUUCCACAACCCGGAGCAUUCCUGCCCAACGAAGAGGGAGGUGGACUGGCCAUCACUGAAGGCCGAGUUGCACUUCUACGCCAGCCAGGCCCCGCCGCAGAGGCGACUACUGGACUCGGAGAACGCGGCCUUCGAGUGGAGGAUAUGGGUUGCCAGAGUCUACGUCUCCAACGAUGUGGACUUUUGCCCACUGGGCUUGCAGACCGUGCACCUGACGGACGUCGACCGACGGAUCGAUUCCUUCGAUGCGGAUGGCCUGGCGGAAGUUUUUGAGGCGCACUACGU